UCCCAUUUUCCUUCUCGCUACAAUGUAUACCAGAUUCCAAAUCAAAGCCCUGCAUUAGGUCUCAAAACACCCCCGCCAAUUGGUUGCGGGUCAUUUAAGCAUCCUUAAUUAACAAAAUCUUCUAGUUACCUUUUGUUUUAUUUCCUGUCAUUCCUAAGAUUUUCUCUAAUCUUAUCAAUUAUCACCUUCCAAGAAGUAACACCUCUUGCACUUUUUUCUUAUCUAAUCACCUUCUACGAAAAUCAUCCUUCCGUACCUUUAUAUAAAUCCUACCAAGAAUAGUUCAGUACAUAAACUUUUCAACAUCCACAAACAAUCAUUUCCUUUCUUCUUCUGGGUAUUUCUUCUUUUUAGCUAUGGAUGUACUUGGUGUUAACAUGAAGAACAAAAGACAAGCAAAAAGAAGUAAAAAGGCAAUCAAAGUUGUUUACAUAUCCAGCCCUAUGAAAGUUCAGACCAGUGCUUCAAAAUUUAGGGCUCUUGUGCAAGAACUCACCGGAAAAGACUCCGAUGCUGCUCGUUUUAUGGACGUUAAUGGUGGUGAUCAAAACUUGAACUCUUCUCCUGAAAUUCUUGACCAAACAGGCGUAGAUGGGCAAGGAUCUUUCGUUCCUAGUUUGAUGAACUCUUGCAAUGAUUCUUCUUCAACGUCUCCUGAUUCGGAUUUCGUAUUCGAAUCUUUGGAUAGAUAUUUGCCGCCUAUGGAAGGGAGCUUUAUGAGCAUGUUUCAAUCGAAUCUUUUCCAUGAAUAUUCUUCUCAUGAGUUAGAUGUGUUUAACUAGAACAGCUUUUAGGUAUGCAUUGUAAGUUUUGUUUGUUUUGGCCAUUAAUUCUUGAUUUCGUAUCAUAUAUAUGUAUAUUAAUAUAUAUAGAAGUUAAUACUAAAUUACUAAUAACAGUUAUUAAAUUUUGAUCU